AUGGCAUCCAUGAUGUCGUGGUUCACAUCUUGGCUUGGACAAGGCAGUCAGGCUUCAGCGGACACGCUGGAACUGGCUGCUUUGCCGAAGCGUGAGGUGAGCCUCGAGUUCUUGGACGACUUGGACCCCAAGUACAAGACGGAGAAGCCAUACUACUCCAACGUCCCUUUCACCAAGACGGACGCCCCAAGCACCAAUGUCGUCUCCAAAAAGUCUCGUGUCACCCUCCAUGAUAUUAGAGGCAACGAGAGCCUUUUCAGUCUUGACAUUCACGGAUUCGAGUUAAUCAAGCAUCCGUCGGACUUUGACCAGUGGCAAAAUGGCCACAAGGUGGUCCAAGAAGUUUACCCCCGGAUCAUAAACCUUCUGAAGACACAGCUUGGAGAGGACGUGAGGGUUAUUGUGUUUGAUCAUACGCUCCGUAGAAGCAGAGAUGCUAACGGAAGUACAUCCGUCUCUCUAGGGGAUAACUUUGCUCCCCCGAGCCGCGUGGCCCAUGUUGACCAGACGUACGGGGCAACUGUCGGGCAGAUCAGGCUCGACUUCAAAGAUGAGGCUGAAGAGAUCCUCAAGGGCCGCUUUCGCAUCAUCAAUGUGUGGCAUCCAAUUCGAGGUCCAGUGAAGCAACAUCCAUUUGUUCUCUGCGACUACAGAACGGCGAAGUCCGACUUCGUCCCUUGCGACCUGAUCUAUCCGCACACCAUCACCGAGAUCAUGGUGUUUAGAAACUCGGCUUCCCAGAAGUGGUACUUCAUCGAUAAGCAAGUCCCGGGUGAGGCCUGGAUCUUCAAGAUCAUUGACUCGCAGAGCCUCACCGACUCCAACGUGGCAGGAUUCUCUGCUCAUACAUCCUUCUUUGACGAGAAUGAGGCACUCGCGGGGUGUGUGAGGGAGAGCGUGGAAUUUCGUGUCUACGUCUUCGGAUGA